CGCUGGGCCACGCCCCCGUCGGCGCGCGCGCGGCAAACGGGAGCCGGGGGCGGGCGGCGGCAGCCCCCGUGCCGACACCGCAGGCUGAGGCAGAGGCGAUGGCCGAAGAGCGAGAUGUCCGCUUUGUCACCGAGGAGAGCUUCGACUUUGGGUUCCUGUCCCCUUCUGACAGCCGGGAGGAAGAGGAGGAUGAUGAGGAGAGCCCGGCUGGGGCGGGGGCCAGGGGGGGCAGCGGGCGCUGGAGCCCCCUGAGCGGUGCCCGGCUGGAGGAGAUGGUGCGGGAGGCCACACGCCUGGCAGCGCAGCUGGAGCGAUGUCACCUGCCCCUCCCGGCCCCCCCUGGCCCCCGCAGCCCCCGCAGCCCCCGCAGCCCCCGCCGCGAGACCUUCGUGGUGAAGGACAGCCCGGUGCGGGCGCUGCUGCCCACCGUGGAGCCGCGGGAGACCCCCCCUGGCACCACCCGGUCCCCCGCCAAGCCCCGGGGUCCCCCUGCUGCCACCAACAUCCCUGGCACCCGGAAGGUCUCGUCCAGCUGUCACCCCACAGCAGCACCGAAGGGACCCCCCGGGGCCAGGGUGCCCCCCCCUAACCGGGUAGGACCCCCCCCGCCUUGCCCUCCCCAGGGGCAGGGGGUUGGGACCCGGGGCAAAUCUGAGCCUCUCCGGGGGGGGACAGCAGGGCAGCUUAAGGCGAGGGGGAGCGCAGCCCCCGUCCCCCCUGCCGCCCGCCAGCCCCGUGCCAGGGCCACUGCUGUCCCCGUCCCCUCCGGUCGCCCCCCCGCACCCAGCGCCAUCCCUAAGGCACCCAGCCGGACCCUGGCGGGGGGGACAGCACCAGGUGGGAGGGCAUCUGCACCCAGAGGUGCAGGCGUGGCACGGGCGGCCCCCCCGGCUGCUGGUCCGGGGUGCAAACCAGGACCCCUCCCCAGCCGCCUCCGCCCCCCCCGGAAGACGGUGGUGAGCAGCACCCCGAGGUGACCCCCUCCCCACCCAGAGGAACUUGGGGAGCCCGGGACCCCUGUCCUGGUGCGUGGGUGAGGAAGGGGGGGACUGGGGAAACU